GACUUUAAAUGCUUUUAAUGUCUUUUUGAAUUUUUUUUAGAGGGAAACUAAACGUGGGGUUUCUAUGGCGAGAGUUUUGGCCUGAGACGUAGCAGGCUUUUUGGUUGAAAAGGUUUCUAGUGUUUUCAACAAACACACACAAACUAUACUUGUUUGUGCAGGAACACAGUUGGGGAGAGUUUGAGGCUAGAUACGCAGCAACUACUACUACACACACACGCACAAGGUCAAGAACGCCGCUACCUUUUUUUCACCAGGGAGGACCGGUCCGCGUUGGUUGAGAGAACCAGGACUACGCCAAAAGCUAAAACGAGGAUGAGCGACUUUGACAGCCUUCCAUUAACAUCCUCCGAAACCUUCACACCAAUACGCUCGGAAACACCAUUAACCGACCCAUUCGACUCUGACUCCUCUCUAUCUGACAUAUCGGAUGCGCAUGGUGAGGAUGAUGACCUGGAUGAUGGCCGACCGGUUACCGCCAGUAUCAAUGGGAAUACGAAUGGGAAUGGGAAUGCCAUGUCACAAGACUUUCUAGAUGACAAUGAGUCGAACGAAUCUGAUGAGCUCGACGAUGACGAUGAUGACGAUGACGAAGAUUUUGAGGAGACUGAAGCCCGAAAAGGAAAGUCAAAGUCAAAGAAAGGAGCUGCUACCUCCAAAAAGUCCUCUGCUGCACGUGCGGGAAACGCAAAGCCUGCUCCGUAUGAUAGCAUUGUUAUACCUAUGGGUGACAAGUCAUCGAUCGAGAAACUUAUUUCAUGGCGGACAACGGAUGAUGGAAGCGAGGAAAUUCUUGUGAAAUACAAGAAUUUGAGCUAUUGCCAUGCGGAAUGGCUACCGCGUGCAGAGGUGGAGGGAAGCAAAAUGGGAAAGAUGCGUGUCAAACGCUUCAUGGAGAAGCCAUCGUGGGAGAUGCAGUGGAGCGAGGAUGAGCCUUUCAAUCCAUCGUUCCUCAAAAUCGACCGAUUGCUGGAUGAAGGAGAAUUAGGAGACAAGGUUUUCUAUCUUGUGAAAUGGUGCGCGCAAACGUACGAUGCUAGCACCUGGGAGAAUGCAGAAAAAGUCAAGGAGCUGGACGCUGACAAGAUCACAGAGUUUGCACGGCGGCGGCACCUCGAUUCUGCAAAGGAGGCCAGUUAUUUGGCUCCCCGUAAACGCCCGAAUCCAAAGGAAUGGAAAAAGUUGGACGAAUCGCCAUCAUACAAAAAUGACAUGCAACUUCGGCCAUACCAACUAGAAGGUUUGAACUGGCUCCUAUUCUGCUGGUACAACAGACAAAAUAGUAUUUUGGCGGACGAAAUGGGGCUGGGAAAAACUGUGCAAUCUACCGUCUUUCUGGACUAUCUCUACACCAAGGAGAGAUUCUGCGGACCGUUCCUGAUCGUCACUCCACUUUCAACCAUCGGUAACUGGGAACGGGAAAUCAAAACCUGGACAGAGUUGAAUGUUGUCGUAUACCACGGCCGAGAUAUAUCCCGAAAGCUCAUCGAAGAGACAGAGUUUUAUUAUAGGGACUCUCAGGGGCACAUCAUUCCGGACAUAUACAAGUUCGAUAUCAUUCUGACAACAUACGAGAUGGCAAUGGCUGGUGCCUCACACUUGCGACCCAUAGCAUGGCGAUGUGUCGUUUUGGAUGAGGCGCAUCGUCUCAAGAAUAAGACGUCAAAAGUGUCGGAAAUUCUAAAGACAUAUAGGAUGGACCACCGAGUUCUUUUGACUGGAACGCCAUUGCAGAAUUCUUUGGAUGAGCUGUGGGCGUUGCUCAAUUUCCUGCAACCCGAUAGAUUCGGGUCUGAGAGCGAUUUCCAGAGGGAGUAUGGAAGUUUGAGCAGCGCAGCUGAUGUGGAGAAACUGCAAGGACUACUCAAACCACUUAUGCUACGUCGAAUGAAGGAAGACGUUGAAAAAUCUCUUCCCGUCAAGGAAGAAACGAUCAUUGAGGUGGAGUUAACCACGACGCAGAAGAAAUGGUACCGAUCAAUUUUGGAAAAGAACUUCACUUGGCUGAAACAAGGGACGAAGAAAACUAAUGUUCCAAACCUCAUUAACACCAUGAUCGAGCUCCGCAAGUGUUGUAUACACCCGUUUUUGUUGAAAGGUGCCGAAGACCAGAUUAUGAGGGAAAGAGGAGGGGAUACCGUAGAGCACCACUUUCAAGCUCUCGUACAAGCUUCAGGGAAGAUGGUUCUUAUUGACAAGUUGUUGACAAAGCUGAAAGCUGGCGGACACAAAGUCUUGAUAUUCUCGCAGAUGACACGUUGUCUGGAUCUUAUACAGGACUAUCUCCGGGGUCGCCAAUGGCAUUUCGAGCGUAUCGAUGGUGGUGUACGUGGAGAUUUGCGGCAGGCAGCUAUUGAUCGGUUUUCAGCACCGGAUAGUGACACUUUCAUCUUCUUGCUCUGUACUCGCGCUGGUGGUGUGGGAAUCAACCUUACAGCUGCAGAUACCUGCAUCAUCUUUGAUAGUGACUGGAAUCCGCAGAACGACUUGCAAGCACAAAGUCGAGUGCAUCGAAUUGGUCAAAAGAGGCCAGUACAAAUAUAUAGACUAAUAACCCGCAAUACCUACGAGCGCGAAAUGUUUGAUCGCGCCAGUAUGAAGCUAGGUCUUGAUCGAGCAAUCUUACAAAGAAUGGAUGCUCAAUCGCUUGGGGAAUCUGGGCUCGACGGUCUGGAUACCUCGAAACCACCAUCUUCGCUGUCCAAAACGGAAAUCGAAGAAUUGCUGAAGAAGGGUGCUUAUGGUGCUAUGUUGGACGAUGAUGCAAGUAAUCAGUUCUGCGAUGAAGAUAUUGAUAGCAUUUUAUCACGACGGACCCAUGUCAUCAAGCAUGAUACUACUACACAGUCAGAAAAAGGCUCAAUAUUCUCCAAAGCCACUUUCUCGGCAUCAAAUGCCGACAACGUUGACGUCAAUGAUCCCGAUUUCUGGGAUAAAAUGGCUGAAAGGGCCAAACUGGAAGUAGUCGAAAUAACGCCAGAAGCGGACCUGAUUCUUGAUUUACCGCGACAGCGUCGUCAAGUGCAGCGAUUCGGGGCGGUAUCAAGAGGGAGCCCUUUUGAAGACGAGGACGACGGGAGCCGCGGGUCACGUUCAGACACGGUGAAACCAUGGGCAUUGGCUGAAAAAACGCGAUUAGAGCGGGCUAUGAUGGUCCAUGGUUUUUCUGGCUGGCAGAAGAUGGUAGAGGAAGCCUUACCGAGACGUGCGGUUGAGGAUGUCAAAGCAUGCGCUAGAGCAAUGGUCAUUCACGGGUUGAAGGUCACCUCCUACUCGGAAGCAGAACUGAUUAACGAUGUCAAAGCUGCUCUUGCACAGGAAACGGGAGAUAUUCUGGAUGAUACCAAUUACGUGAUACCUGAGAUCCCCUACGAAGGUGCUACAAGACGCCAAAUUGCAGAGUAUCGUUCCUUCUUGCUUGAUGCCCCACCGGAAUACCAUGAGCAUCUUGAAAAGAGGGCUAAAAAUAUGCUCUCUAGAAUCGCCAUGAUGUUCUGCAUUCGCGAAAAGAUAAAACCCACAAAAGACAUGAAGAUGCCGCGCGUCGUUGGAGCGCCUCCUGCACCUUGGUGGGGAUUAGUUCAAGAUCGAGAUUUGAUAAUCGGGAUAUCGAAAUAUGGGUACCAGCAAUACGAUAGAAUACGUAUGGAUCCUGAGCUAUGUUUCUUCUCGCAAACUUUUGCGGAUCUUCCCGCUGCGGACACGAAUGGUGAUGUGGAACUGGGCAUCGAUAGAAAGGACGAUAAAGACAAUGUGGAUCCGGAUGAUGUGGACGACGUUGUAGAUGAAAAUGGUCGAUUUCCAGCUGCCGACACACCAGGUUCAGAAAAUGCAUCAGGAACCGCUACCCCGUCAUUCGAUGCAACUGAACAAGCCGGCAACAAUGGACUGCACUUCCCAUCACCUAGUGACCUCGGUUUCCGCUUGAGACGCAUAAUGGCCGCAUUUCAAAAGGAAUUGAAUUCAGCUGCUCGAGAGGAGGCCAAGCGUCAACAAGCUGAAGAGCGCACUCGAUUGAGGCAAGAGAAGGAGCAGGAGAAGAUUCGUGCCAGAGAACAUGACCUGACACGAAAGGAAAGACAAGAAUUCUUGCGGACUCUCAUGUCCUUUGGUGUGGAGACUCUGCCAGGAUCUCCUGGUGUCCGUGAUUGGAAACGCUUCAAGGAGCUGUCAAACUUGCGAAAAUCUCCUGAAGUCUUGGAAGAUCACUUUAUUAAGCUAAUGGCCAUAUGCGACGAUGUCAUUCGCUGCACGGAACUAGCUGCGAUGCAGAAUGGAACGAAUGGAUUAUCCCUUGGCGAUGCAGAAGAAGCGCUGGAAGCCUCGAUUAGAGAAAAGGACCCCGAUAUCACCUAUGAUAAGGCAAAAAAGUUGCUUAAGCGACUUGAUCAGAUGCGGAUACUGCGUGAACAGGUUUUACCCCAUCCUCAGCUUGAUGACCGUUUGGCAAUACUGAAACGUCAUGGUCGAUCAGGAUUGCCGAGCUGGUGGUCAUCCGAGUAUGAUAAGCACUUCCUGCUCGGAAUAGCCAAAUGGGGUCUUAACAGAAGCGAUCUCAUCAUGGAAGAUCCGACAUCGGCGUUCUUCCCUCUCCAUCAAGAGUUCCUUCAGUCGCUCGAGGUUCGCCGCGCCGAAAAUAUAUCUAGAGACGAGCUCGUUGACGGCAAAUGGGAGGAAAAAUUCUGGAUGAGAGAGCCUGUGGCACUACGGCGCUUUGAGGCUCUUUUGGAGGCUGCGUUGAAGGAACCCCCACCAAAGUCGCAGAAAAAGCAUGGGCGGAGGUCAAAAGCAUCGUCGCCGGACCGCAUGUACGAUGACUUAAUGCAAUCUCCAAAGGAUUAUUCCGGAAAAUCCGUCCGACUGAAGCUCAAAGUUGGCUACAGCCCUUACAUGGACGAUGAUAUACCACCGGAAGAGACACCUUCUCAAAAACGAAAGCGUACCGCGUCACGGGAAGACAGCGGAGGACGGAAGAGAGCAAAGGGCCGUGUAAAGGAAGAGGAUGACCUAAGUGGGGAUGAUACCGAUGAGAUGUUGCAAGCGGCCCGUAAGAGGACUGAUAAGAAAAAGAAGAAACGACGAGAGGUGGAAGAGUUCGAUGCCCCGGAGAUGGAAGGCGAGGAGUAUGAUGUGGCAUGGGAGUCUCCACGCCCACACAAAAGUCACCGAUCCACCCCUACCGGGAGCGACCGAAAAAGGAAAAAACAUCGGAAAUCUGAGCGGCAUAGCCUCACGUUUGGAGAAUAUGAAGGCGCUCAUGUGAAAAGCGAUGCUGAAGACUCUAUGGAUGAUACGCGAAAGCGGCAUCGUCGAAGUAAGCACGACAAGUCCGAGAAACGGAAAAAGCACAGGCACAAGAGUUCUACACAUCCAGAGCUGGAAACGGAGGAACUCUCUGAGCGACAUUCACGUAAACGCUCAAAGUCACAUAACGACUACCCAACGGACGCUGCUGUGGAUCCGAUGGAAACCUCACAACGAUCCAGAUAUUCCAUAGAUUAUCUUGAACAACAUGCUGUCACGACGGGACCAGCAGACGUUGAACAGUUUGGGGACCCUAUAUUUGAUAGCGAUGCCGGCGAAGAUCUUUGAACAUGUGGUUUCGCUUGCAGUGAAGGGGGGUGGAACGUGUGUUGGAGGUGGACUGUUAGUAUUCCGGAGCACUGUGUAUAGCUUUUUAGAGUGGAGAGAGUGGGGCACCAAGUGUCAAAUAUAUGGCUUGAUAUGUUACGGAUA